AUGACCGUUCGCACACGCUUUGCCCCUUCUCCCACCGGCUUGCUGCAUAUCGGCAAUGCCCGUGCGGCCCUUUUCAAUUUCCUUUUCGCCCGCCACCAUGGCGGGCAAUUCCUGCUCAGAAUCGAGGAUACGGAUCGCGAGCGCUCCACGCAGCGCGCGGUGGAUGUGAUCUUCGAGGGUCUGGCCUGGAUGGGGAUCGUGGCGGACGAGGAACCCGUGUUCCAGUCCACGCGACAGGGGCGCCAUACGGAAGUGGCGCAGGAAUUGCUGGCCAAGGGUCUGGCCUAUCGCUGCUAUUGCACCGCCGAUGAGCUGAAACAGAUGCGCGAAGACGCCAUCGCGAACGGCCAGCCGCCUCGCUAUAACGGCAUGUGGCGCGACCGCGACCCGUCCGAAGCCCCUGAAGGCGCGCCUUUUGCCGUGCGUCUGAAAGCGCCGCGCGAUGGCGAGACCGUGAUCAAGGAUCUGGUCCAGGGCGAGGUCCGCGUGGCCAAUGCCGAAAUGGACGAUCUGAUCAUCCUGCGCUCUGACGGCACACCGACUUACCUCCAUGCCGUGGUCUGCGACGACCAUGACAUGGCCAUCACCCAUGUCAUUCGCGGUGACGACCAUCUGACGAACACCUUUCGUCAGGCCAUGAUCUAUCGCGCCAUGGGCUGGGAUCUGCCGCAUUUCGCCCAUCUGCCGCUCAUUCACGGCCCCGAUGGCGCCAAGCUGUCGAAGCGUCACGGCGCCCAGUCGGUGGUGGAGUUCCGCGAUGAGGGCUUUCUGCCGGAAGCGCUGUGCAACUACCUGCUGCGUCUGGGCUGGGGUCAUGGCGAUGCCGAGAUCCUGAACCGCGAAGAACAGAUCCGCCUGUUCGAUCUCGAUGGGGUCGGACGCUCGCCCUCGCGUAUGGAUUACGUCAAGCUGACCCAUCUCAAUGGCGUCUAUAUGCGCGAGGCCGAUAAUGCCCGCCUGACCGACGACGUGAUCGAGCGUCUGAAAGAGCGCGAGGACAUCACGGUCGAUGACGUGCUGCGCGCGCGCGUACUGACCCUCAUGCCGGGGCUCAAGGAACGCGCCAAGAUGCUGACCGAGCUGGCCGAUAGCGCGGCUUUUCUCGGGCGCUCCCUGCCCUUCACCUAUGACGCCAAGGCGCAGAAGCAGCUUUCGGAAGAAGGCAAGGAUGUGCUGCGCGGUGUCGCUCAGGCGCUCGCUCUGGUCGAGCCUUUCGAGGCGGCCGCCAUCGACGGUGCGCUGCGUGAGUUUGCCGAAAGCAAGGCCAUCAAACUCGGUCAGGUCGCGCAGCCCCUGCGCGCCGCCAUGACCGGCAGCACGGUUUCGCCCGGCAUCGAUCUGACCCUGCAAGCCCUUGGCCGAGACGAGGUUCUGGCCCGUAUAGGAGCCGCGAUCGCGCAUGGCUGA